CUUCCCCCAGUGCCCUCUGUGCCGCACCCCCAGCCCUGGCCCCAGAUGGGCUCUGGCAGUCAAUUCUCUAUGCUUCUAACUCUGGGCACCAAGCUAGGUGGCAUGAGCAUCUGAUUAUAGCGAGCUGUUUUACCUCUUCUCUCCACAAACUUCCCAGCCUUCUUCCAUCCUCUUAAACUUGUGCUCACAUUCCUUUAUUCACACUCUGAGCGCCAUUUCUCAGGCUGCCUGCACCAGUCCAAUAGCAGCACAUUCCUACUGUGUGCCAGGCACUGGACCAGGCAGGGGUGGGGAGCAUGCGGCAGUGAACAAAAUAAGAACCCUGCCCUCUAGGACUCACAGUUGAUGGAAACAGACAUGGCAGUCUAAUCCCAGGCUAGGGAGAAGACCCAUGUGACUGUAGAAUGAAACCAGGGCUUGGGGAGUAGGUGGUUUUUAUGGCAAGGCAGCUAAAGGGUCUUAGCCAUUCUCCUUUCUGAGAAGGUGACAGGCACUCAAGUGCAGGAAAUGCAGAAGCAAAGGCACAGUCAGGAAGAGCUGGGCACCGAUGGACAAGGACCAUGGACGCGGAACCUGGGAGAUACACCUACAAAGGCAGGGUCCCGGACAGUCAGGCAGCUCGUCACGGUGAUGUCCAUAGCGGCCGCGAGGGGCCAGCGUCCCGGGGGAUUCCCAGGUCCCACUGGAGACACCAGGGGCUUCCCCGACCUUGUAGACGAAGCCUGCCCGGCCUCCCCGGGGGCGGGGCUCCGAGCACCCGGGCCGCCCGGCUCCGGAGGCCGCUGAGUUGAGUCCUGCACCUGCCCUGCCCGGGACGUGCCAUGGGACAGCUGAUUGCCAAGUUGAUGGGCAUCUUUGGGAACCAAGAGCACAAAGUUAUCAUCGUGGGACUGGACAAUGCAGGAAAGACCACCAUUCUCUACCAGCUCCUGACGAAUGAGGUGGUCCAUACGUGUCCCACCAUGGGUAGCAACGUGGAGGAGAUCGUUCUUCAGAAGACCCACUUCCUCGUGUGGGACAUAGGCGGGCAGGAGGCCCUGCGCUCCACCUGGAACACGUAUUACUCCAACACUGAGUUCAUCAUCCUUGUGAUUGACAGCACGGACCGAGACCGGCUGCUGACCACGCGAGAGGAGCUGUACAAGAUGCUGGCCCAUGAGGCUCUGCGAGAUGCUUCAGUCCUGAUCUUUGCCAACAAGCAGGACGUGAAGGACUCCAUGAGCACUGUGGAGAUCUCCCGAUUCCUUACUCUCAGCGCCAUCAAAGACCACCCAUGGCAUAUACAAGGCUGCUGUGCCCUCACCGGGGAAGGGCUGCCUGCCGGGCUCCAGUGGAUGCAAUCUCGGGCCACUGCUAACUGAUGUCCCAGCCUGAGGCCAACCAGAAACUUCGGGGGUUUUGCAUGGUCAACGUGAGUGGGAAACCCAAGUGGCUAUUUAUUACUUUUCUGUGAUUCUCUGGUGGGGGCAGGGACAGCUACGGACAGCGAUAUUGCCACUGCCUGCCCAAACCCUCACUGAGGAGCAGGACUGCAUACCUUGAGUUGUUGCAGACAGGACAGCAGAAAAAGCUGUCCCCCACGCCAUGGCUGCUGCAGAUGCCCUUCUUGGAGACACCAGGGAAGCUGUUGGCUGUACUGGAGCCCUCUUCCUCUGCUCAGCCCCCAACCUCUCUGUAGGAAAAAUGUGUGUGCGCGGGCACAGUAAGAGACCCUGGCACUGCUCUCUAUUUCCUCCCCUCCCCUCCAGCUUUCUGGCCCCUCAGCCAGUUUUUGUCCCAUACCCUUUGGGCAAAGGAGAUCCCAGAAGAGUGAAGGGGGUGGGCUCAGGGGAAGGAGGGCAGAGCGAAACCCUGGAAGGGGAGAGGGAGGAGGAGGACAGGACAUCCCAGACAGGGACCUCUAUUGCGCUGCAGGGAUUCCACUGCUCCCUCGCCUUGCCAUGCCCUCUGAGAUGCUGACUCUGAACUUUUGAACUGUAACCCACUCCAGGGUACCCCUUUAGUGUCCUGCCAAUGUGAAUCCCAUUUCUCCCAAAUAUCCCAGAAUCGUAUAGGGUCUGCUUAUUUUGUUUGUCUUUGUGUAACGAUGUUUAAAAACUAUUGUAUUAGAAUUUUGAUAAAGGUGUAAUAAAUGCCAUUGAAAACUG